AUGACCGUUAUAGAGAAAAAGCCCUGGAUUGAAACGCCUCUCAUUGAGUCCGCAUCCUUAUCAAAGACGGCAGGAUGCAGAAUAUUCCUCAAGCUAGAUCUCCUGCAGCCGUCAGGGUCAUUCAAAUCUAGAGGAAUUGGAAACUUCAUUCGCACUGCCCUCCAAGAUCCAGCCAACAAAGGCCGAGAGCUACAUUUCUACAUAUCAUCAGGCGGGAAUGCCGGACUGGCUGCCGUAAUUGCGGCGCGCGACCUCAACUGCCAGUGCACAGUUGUCGUGCCGAGCACCACAAAACCUAUGAUGGUGCAGAAGUUACGGGAUGUCGGUGCUGCGGAUGUGUUCCAACAUGGAGAUAACUGGUUUGAGGCCGAUACGCAUCUUCGGAAGACAUUUAUCGAGAACCAAGAUCCCAACUCUGAUAAGCGCAAUGUCUAUGUCCCUCCCUUUGAUCAUCCGGAUGUCUGGAAGGGAGCCGAGACCAUGAUUGAUGAAAUUGCAAGACAACUUCCAUCAAAAGAGGGAAGAUCAAAGAAUUCAUUCCCUGCAGAUGCUGUCGUUUGCAGUGUUGGAGGAGGAGGACUGUUCAAUGGUAUAGUCCAGGGGCUGGGUCGGUAUCAACGAUCUCAAAAAAGCGAAGUAGGCAAAGUCCAUGUUUUGGCCGUUGAGACUAAGGGAGCUGAUUCAUUGGCCUUCUCCCUCCAAAACGGGUCCCUACAAUCGCUGCCAGGUAUUAAGUCUCUCGCCACGUCCUUGGGUGCAGUACGAGUUGCCCCGCAGGCCCUAAAGAACGCGCAGUCUCCUCCUACCGGAGUGGAUGUUGUCAGUGCUGUUGGCUCAGACGCUGAGGCUGCUAAGGGUGUAAUUCGACUUGCAGACGAACAGCGGCUGCAAGUCGAAUUAGCAUGUGGAAUCAGCGUUGAGCUGGGCACGGUGAAACUGAAAGAGUACUUUCCUGACUUGACGCCGGAGAGCCGGGUUGUCGUUGUUGUUUGCGGAGGAAGCAAUGUCAGUGCAGAGAUAAUAGCGGAGUACAGGCAGAAGAUUCAGGACGGUUGGGAUAGCAGAUAG